CGGCGGGGAGAAGAAGAGAGAGAGGCGCGGGUGAGAGGCUGGAUGAGGGGAACGAGUGGAUAAGUGUGGGGAGGAGGGUGAGCGUGGGGUAAGAGAGAGAAGGGGGCUGACGCGUGAGGGGAGGUAUCCCUUUAGUACCGGGUGGAGGCCUCCACCCGGUACUAAAGUGGCUCACGGGAGGCUCCUCGAGGACUAGCCGUUAGUAGUGGAUCAGAGCUAGCUAGGCACUUGGACGUGAUGUCUUCAAGUACUGAUCCUUGUAUGCUUGCUAGCAGCCUGCACAUGCACGAGCGUGUACAACACUCAGCACGAGCGCAUGAACCUACUGGCCCUCCAAUUGUGCUCGGCGACGCUCGUCCAGGAGUCGUCCUCCACUUGCCGGCAAUUGCAGCUUGGUGGCGCCGUGCGUACAGUUGCCGGUGAUCCUGGUGAUGGCCUUGUCGUCUCUAGCAUAGCUCGGCUUCAUCGGACGCUGGCGGCUUGGUUGCCGAGGUCGCCGUUAGCAACAUGGCCGCCAUAGAGAACUCCGCAAGGCAGAGAAGUACAGCAACUCAGUGAGGUGGUGUUGUCCUUCGACAGCCCGGCAGCCUCGCAGUGUGGUCAUUGUCUUGGCGCCGUUCUCAUCAUCGUCGGUAGCGCCUUCUUGUCAUGUCCGGUCGCUUGGCGUCGUCAUUGUCGGCGGCGCCUUCUUGUCGUCUCCGGCCACCCGGCGUCGUCAUCGUCUUGGCGCCGUUCUCGUCUCAGCAGCCUCAUAGUGUCGACGUCGUAGACAGCGCCAUAUUUGUCGUCUUGGUGCCGCUAACCCGUUCUGCUAGCCUCGUGGUAGACCCGCGUCGUCCUUGUUGGCUCACAGGCGAUUCGGGUAGUGCUUGACGCGGAUGAUGGCGGUCUCGAUGCAGAUGCGAGCUCCGGCAUGGUGGCAGCCCGGCAUCCCGGCGCUGGGGACGGCGUGGUGUGGAUGACGGGUGUGGCCCGGCAGCGAGCUUGUACUGUGCUGUUGGGGCUUGUUUGCUUGGCCGAUGAGGUUGCCUGGACGCGCGCGUGAUGAGCCUGAGCUCCCUGAAGGGUGGGGCUCUCGUAUCAGAGUAAGGCAGCUGGCUGGCCGGUGGACCAAGGCAGUCCACCUCCUGUACGUAUAAUACUCUGAAGUAUGGAAGUACUGCAUCUUGAUUUUGUUCACGUACUAGACGCCCUUAAUACUGGCUGUCAUGUGUACUUAAUUGGUUGUCCCACCGUAUUCAGUUUGAGCCACCUGCGUUUGGAACCAUGCAUGCAUACGUGUGUUAUUAGCUUCUCAUCAUGUACGACGUGAGUGGCCAUAAGCUUACUAGCUUAAUUGCACGUUUCCUUUUCUUUUCUUAUUUCUUUUCCUUUCUUGCUUGGAGAUAGCAAAUGUGACCCAUAUCAAAAUAUAUAGUUCACGGGUUAAUAUAUUUGAAAGAUUUGCACAAAAUCUCGUCAAACAACCAUAGAGGCAUAGACAAAUGUUUGGUUUGUUUAAUUUGUGCUUGAUGUAGUCUUCAAAGAGCCUGGGAAAAAUUACCAAUCGACAUGCUGUGCAUCACUUUUACAAAAAUGAGAUUCAGUUUGCUGGAUUAUAUGCAACUGUUGCUGAAGGGUACUUUCAGGGACUGGGCAUGCUCACCCUAUCAUCAACUUUUGUGCCACAACAACCAUCAGAAUUUGGAGACAAUGUGGAUUCUUCAGUAUCCUGGAUGAGUAUUCAUUUAGCUUUCUUCUAUGUGUCACUUUACGUGGUGGCCUGUGCUCAAGGUGGCCACAAACCAUGCGUCCAAGCAUUUGGGGCUGACCAAUUUGAUGAGAAUGACCCUGAAGAAUGUGCCUCAAGGAGCUCUUUCUUCAAUUGGUGGUACUUUGGGGCUUAUGGAUCCAAUAUUGUCACAGUUUCAAUCUUGAAUUACAUUCAAGAUAACAUAAGCUGGCAGUUUGGGUUCGGUAUCCCUUGCAUUGCCAUGGCUGUUUCUCUUACAAUUUUCUGGCUUGGUACGAAGAAGUAUCGCUUCUAUCCUCCAAUGAGUAGCGGAGGGCUGUUUGGACAUAUUGGUAAAUCACUUCUUGCAUGGAUUCGAUGCUGGUGCACAUCAUGGUCUGCAAAAUCACCUGAUGAUUCUCACUGUGCAACAGCAUCGCCAUCCAAGGGAGACAAGUACAAAGCAGAAACCAAAUUAUUUUCUGACAAUGCUGUUGCAGUGCUUAAAUUGCUCCCAGUAGGGGCGACCUGCCUGAUCUAUGCAGUUGUCUUUGCCCAAUGGAUGACACUCUUCACUAAGCAAGCAAGUACACUAGAUAGGUGGAUAGGUACCUUACAGGUACCAGCUGCUACCCUUCAAAGCUUGAUCAAUGUGUCAAUUGUCAUCUUUGUUCCUAUAUAUGACCGCAUCCUCAAUCCACUAGUGAAGAAAUACUCGAAGAACACUUGUGGUAUCACAACAUUGCAACGUAUUGGAAUUGGGAUGGUUGUUUCUGUGAUUCUGAUGAUUGUUGCAGCCCUUGUGGAGAUGAGAAGGCUCAGGAUAGCAAGAGACUAUGGCCUAGUGGACAAACCUGAUGUCACAAUCCCUAUGAGCGUCUGGUGGAUUGUCCCUCAAUUCAUUCUGUCUGGCUUGGCGGAUGUGUUCACAAUGGUUGGCUUGCAAGAAUUCUUCUAUGAUCAAGUACCAGAUGGUUUGCGCAGUUUAGGCCUUGCUUUAUACUUGAGCAUCUUUGGAAUCGGGAGCUUCAUCAGCAGCUUUCUUGUGUAUGCAAUUGACAAGGUGACCAGUAGAGGAGGAGACAGUUGGUUCUCUAACAAUCUAAAUCGAGGGCACCUUGAUUACUUCUAUUGGCUUUUGGCUGUGCUCAAUGUUUUUGGUUUGGCUGCGUACCUAUACUUUUCGCAGGUAUAUGCCCACAAGAAAAAGGGACAGGGGCUUUUGGUACAGUGAUUGUCUGUCAAUACCAUAAAAUAUGCCUGAGCAACGUCUUCAUAGUCGUCCUUACCCUUUCCAUUGCAUGUAUGCCUGCACAUUCUUCUCCUCUCUGCACAGAAUCUGCAAGCCAUCUCAAGCUCACGUGCUCAAGGCACAAGCAUAGAGAAGCCCUGGCUGACUAGACAAAUGACGGGUUGUGAAGAUCAGUUCAUAUAAAAUAGCAUAGCUGUAUAAUAGUUUUAAGACAUAGCUAAAAGUAUAUUAUGUACUAGAAUAUGUUGUAAUUUUUUUGGAUAUGAUCUUUGUUGUUCCUGUAUAAUGUACCACUUGCCAUGCUUAAGUUGUACUACUCUGAUGUGAGUCAUUAUUCACUAAAUCAACAGUGCAUGUGGAUAACUCUCA